AUGCUAGCAGGGCCAGAAGAUGCUGCCAGCUCCGGCUUGGCACACCAGGGCAGCUGCAUGAAUCCAGAUACCACGAUUUCUACCAUUCUAAAGGCUACGGCCACCACCACGAAUCAAGACCACAUUAGCGUGGCGCAAGAGUUCAGCACUAUGCUGCACGAGCGACGGAAUGGAAGGGCGAAAUUGACAGAACCGCAGGAUAAAGCUAUCGCCGUCAUGGUAUAG